AUGAGAGAUGUUUCUGAGGUAAUGAAGAAGCAGGCCACUCUUAACAUAGGAACGAUUGGACAUGUUGCACAUGGAAAGUCAACGAUUGUGAAAGCGAUAAGUGGUGUGAGCACAAUCAAAUUCAAGGCUGAGCUUGAGAGGAACAUCACGAUCAAGCUAGGGUAUGCGAAUGCAAAGAUAUACAAGUGUGAUUAUAAGUGUGCAAGGCCGAACUGCUACCAGUCGUUUAGCAGCUCUACGCCUGACGAGCUGCCGUGCAAGAACUGUGGGGGAGUUCUUAGGCUUGUACGGCAUGUGUCUUUUGUGGAUUGCCCAGGGCAUGAUGUGUUGAUGGCGACUAUGCUUAAUGGGACUGCAAUAAUGGAUGCAGUGCUGCUUGUGAUUGCGGCGAAUGAGCCAUGCCCUCAGCCACAGACGAUUGAGCAUUUGUUUGCGGUGGAGAUAAUGAACUUGAAGAAGAUGCUUGUUGUGCAGAACAAGAUAGAUCUUGUUUCUCGAGAGCAGGCGCUUGAGCAGCAUGAGCAGAUCCAGAAGUUUCUGAAGACAUCGAAUGUAUCUGGGCCUGUGGUUCCGACGGCAGCACAGGUUGGAGUGAAUAUUCCUGCGAUUCUUGACUUUAUUGUGAACUAUAUCCCCGAGCCAGUCAGGAACGACAAGGCGCAUCCCAAAAUGGUGGUGAUCAGGAGCUUUGAUGUGAACAGGCCAGGAACGUAUGUGAGGGAUUUGUGUGGAGGGGUUAUUGGAGGCAGUCUGGUUACUGGCUUGCUGAAGACUGGGGAUGAGAUUGAGAUAAGGCCUGGGCUGGUGACGAAGAAUGGGAGUAAGUUUGUGUGCAAGCCGUUUGUCUCGAAGGUGGUUUCAUUGAAGGCUGAGAGCACUUCUCUUGAGGAAGCAUGCCCUGGAGGACUUAUAGGAGUCGGGACCACGAUGGAUCCGUUUUUCUGCAAGGCUGAUAAGCUAGUUGGGCAGGUAAUGGGGCAUCUAGGGCACCUGCCGUCGAUAUUGUGCGAGAUAGAUGUUGACUACAAGCUGUUCCAGAAGACAAGUGUUCAAGGCAGCACAAAGCUAAAAAAUGGCGAGCAGGUUCUAGUGAACAUAGGAAGUACGACUACGGGAGGAGUGAUCCGAGCGAUUGGCGAAGAGAUGCUUUCGCUUGAUCUUGUGAAGCCUGCAUGCUGUGAGAUUGGAGAAAGAAUAGCGAUUUCCAGGAAAGUCCAAGGGCAUUGGCGACUGAUGGGGCAUGGAGAAGUAAAGAAUGGAAAGACAGUAGAGCCCGUGUAUGACAAUUAA